GUUUUGUCAUGGACCGCGUAUCUUUCAUGGCUCGAGCCGCCAAGAAGGCCGAUGCCGAGCUCAAGGCCGCCCAGGCUGCUGAGGCAGCCAAGAAGUCUGCGGGUGGUCCUCAAGGAGGUGCUGAGGCCGUUAGGAAACCGGCGGCUAAAAAGAGUAGGAAGGCUGCCGAUGAGGGCCAAAAGACUCUGGCUGAAGCUGGACUGAAGCCGAGCCAGGCUUCGAAGAAGACGAAGAGGGCUUCAACGACUGAUGAGGCCGGUGCUCCUUUUCAGGCUGUUGUGGAUGUUCAGCCGCCGGUGCUCCCUCCUGUGAAUGAUCUGCCCUCCUCGGCCAUGGUGGCCUCGGCUUCUCGUGUGCUUCCCUCUACGGCCGCUGCUGCCCGUCUGGAGGAGGCUCUGGCCAAGGGGUCGUACGAAGUCACCGUACGAUACCCCGUGAAAGGUGGUCUUUUUAACGAGACUGUUGGUGGUGACGACAUGCUUGCUCAGGCUAUGCCUGAGUAUGAUCGUCAGUAUCUCGGCCGACAAGGCCAACAUGUUCGGUUGUACGACGGAGGGAUAGAUUAUGUCGUCCAGGGUGCCCUUAUGCUGAGGGAGCAGCAUUGGAGGCAGGAAGCCGAGAUAGAGCGGCUGAAAAAGAUGGAGGCCAAGGCUGCUUCAGCCGAUGAGGCCCUUCAAGAUCUGAGGGACAGGGCCAAGGCCGCGGAGGAUGAAAUGAAGCUCCUUCGGAUGCGCCUUGAUGAGGCCGAGGCGGUCCGGAAUAAGGCCGAUGAAGCUGUUGCCGCCGCCGUCAAGAGGGCCGAGGAGGCGGAGCGGCUCAAAGCUGACGCCGAGGUGGCCGCUGCUAAGGCCGUAGCCGAUUUCACGGCUGAGGGGUGGAAAACUGAAGAUCAGAUCCCCUUCUGCUAUAAGGUGGUGGCCGAGAGGCUCACAGAUUGGGUGACAAAAGACCCCGCCGGCGAGGACUUCUGGAUGAACGAGACGCGAGCUUUCUACAACUGCGGCCAGUAUAGGAUGCAGAGGCUGAUUUACAGGAAGCUUCGUCGUCGCUUCCGGAAGAUGAGGCCGAGGGGCUUGAGUCUACCCCGGCGGAUGAGAAACCCUGAUGAGGACAUGAAGCUCCCCCCGUCGGAGAGGCAGCCUCCGAUCCUUAGCUCGGACGAGGGGGAAGCAUCUUGGAGCGACAGCGAUGAUUACUUGCUCGAAGGGCCAGCUGAUUCUCAGGCCGGUGCGGAUGGUGGCGACGACGAUGCCGGCAGUGGCAGUGAGGAGGACGCCGGCCAGAGGAAAGAGCAAGUCGUUGAGGCAGCGUAGUUUGUACUUAGCCUUUUUAUUACUUUUGUAGCUCCAGCACCAAAGUGCAUGUAACGGCCGAAGCGCCCACCCUUUGUAUUUGAUAUCUGAAUUUAAUGAACUCUUUUGCCUUUGAAUGAAUGUGUUGCUUCGUCUUUAUCGUCCUCGUAUUCCUUUUUGAUUUUUUCCAAAAUUCUUACCAAGUAUCAGGGGGGAG